AUGGAUCUCACAUCAGGAGUUACUGCCAUUCAGGAUCUAAAAGCAACAAUGACAUCUUAUCGCAGUGAUCAACAGUUUGACCUAUUUCUAGAGGAAGCUAAUUCAUUAGCUGAAAAAUGUGGUAACGAAGUGCUUCAUGGUAGUUUUACUUUUAAUGAUUGCAAUCCAACAGCGUUGCAAUCCAAGCGUCGCCGAACACUACCUGCUCAUCUCGCUGAUGGCCAAAACAUUCUAGAUAUGCCUAACCUACGAUGCAACCGACCAGAUGGUGAAUCAGAGCUGGAGUGUUUUAGACGAGAACUUUACUUGCCGUUCUUGGACAGGAUUCUACGAGAGCUGAACAAACGCUUUUCGGAAAAAGCAUGCGAAAUGAUGACUCUUGCCGCAACAUUCCAUCCACGAAACCUUGCUGAAGAUAAUGCUCCUAAAGUUGAGAAGAUUGCCCAGUUCUACAAGCUUAGCAGCAAUCGU